AUGUCUUUGACUAGCACAGAGCUAAAUUAUUUGGUAUGGAGGUACCUCCAAGAAUCGGGAUUUGAUUUGGCGGCAUUUGCAUUAGAAAAGCACUCGCAGUGUCUGUCGUAUGAACAUAACAAGAAUUUGCCUAUAAUAUCACGAAUUGAGCCAGGAUGCCUUGUAAACUUAGUUCAAAAGGGGAUAUUGUUUACCUUAGCUGAAGGGGAUACCCGGAAAGAUGGAUCAGACCAAAGCACUUACUCCUUGUUGGGAGCUCUUUUACAAGAAGAGUUGGAUAAACAGAAACAAGAAGAUGAAGAAGUGAAAUAUGAACAGCAGUUGGAUGCAAAUAACAAGGAACGCUUUUCAUUAAAAUCGGAAGUAAAAGCCCAGGGAGACAACGAAGAUAUUGAAAUGAAGGACGGCGAUGAUGAGGUGGAAAAGAAAAAUGAUGAAGAGGUAGAGGCUCCAGAAAUUCCUAUUGAGUUUACUACUAAGAGCUUAAUACCGGAUAUUAAGUACCCUGAAUGUUUGACGACCCAUUGGCACCCAAGUACAGAUGUUUUUGCUUAUGGGAAAGAUAAUUCUACUGCAGUAAUAAAUGCAAUAAAAGGCAAUGUAAUAGCGGAAUCGGUGACAUUAAAUCAUCCGAAUGUUUUAAAAGGAUCUAGUUCUACUCCAAUUGAAAACGAAAUAACAACGGUUUCGUGGGCUCCUAUGGGCAAUAUUAUAGUUACUGCUGGCAUAAAUGGUGAACUUAGGGCAUGGUCUCCAGAUGGUAAAUUAAAGAAUAUCGCUAAUACUGCAGCAUCUUUUGGUAUUGAAGCAGAUGCUUUAGCCGGAUAUCCAGAUACUACAGAAACCGAACAUACGCCAGCGUUAAUAUCAAGCUUAAUUUGGAGCGAAAGUGGACAAUAUUUACUCUCCAUCGCGGUAAAUAACCAAGUGUGCUUGUGGGAUGGUAAUAACUUGAACCUAAUUCAAAUAAUCAAAUCACCUAAUACUUCCACAUCCGAAACAUCAACUAUAGACGCCUGUUGGAUAGAUGAAUUUAAAUUCGCUCUUUCAACCCCAAAAAACUCAAUUAAGGUGUAUUCAAUUACCACACCACAAAUAAAUGGUGGUCAGUUCAAUAUAUCCCAAUCAGGAAAUCUGGAUUCAUUAGUCAAGCCUAUUGGAUUUCUUCCUGGACACAAUAAUAAUAUAUCUAUUCUCAAAUUUAGUACAAAUUCUAAACUUUUAGCAUCAAGUUCUGAUUAUGACUACGUGAUUAAGAUAUGGAAAAGCAGCUCUACUCAAGAGUCGCUUGAAUUAAAUACUCAAACAAAAAAUGUGGGCCUAAAACUUCAUUCAUCGCCUAUUAUUGGAUUAUUCUGGUUGAACACUUCAGAAAAUGAGAGUGUUUUGUUAAGUGUGUCCAUGGAAGGCAUUGUAAAUAUGUGGAGUAUGGCCAAUGGUGAUGCAAUAAUAAGUGCUAAUGUAUUUAAAAACGAAGAUAAUUUUAAUUUUCCAAGUGAAAACACUGCAACAUCAUUUGCAAAUAAGAAAGAUUCAUUAAUUUUCAAUGCAUCAGUCUCUCCUGAUAACAACUGGUUAGCUAUUGGAGAUGACGCCGGAAGGAUAUCAGUAUGGGAUAUUGCCCCAUCUCGUUAUUCAGGUAGAAGAAAAGACGUUCUAAGGUGCAUGGGGUGUCAUGAUCUUCAAAUUCUUAAAGAUACGUUGGACAAUAAGGUCGAUAUUGGCAUCUGUGAUUUGUCAUGGGAUAAUUCAUCACUGAAACUUUCUGUAUCAUAUAAAGGCUUAGAGAGUGCUAUUUUCAAUUGGAAAUAG